AUGGUUCUCGCCGUUGAUCUUCUGAACCCUUCCGCGGCCGCUGAGGCCAAGAAGCACAAGCUCAAGACUCUUGUCCCCGCCCCCCGAUCCUUCUUCAUGGACGUCAAGUGCCCCGGCUGCUUCGUCAUCACCACCGUCUUCUCCCACGCCCAGACCGUUGUCAUCUGCCAGGGCUGCACCACCGUCCUGUGCCAGCCUACCGGUGGCAAGGCCAGACUCACCGAGGGUUGCUCUUUCCGAAGAAAGUAA